CGUAAUCCUCUGAAACACUGUUUACGCUUUAAGACUGUUGUGUGAGAAGGGCAACAGUUUCCUGUUUUCUAUGUAAAGUUGAGGAUCUGACAGAGGAUUGGAAUUUUGUAGUGUGAUGACCACACUCAAUCCUUUUGCUUUACCUUUUCCCUAUCCAUUUCCUUACGCAUUAAGGGUUCUUCGCCUCCAAAUACUUGCUCUUUCCUAGUUUCGUUGUCUUUGUUUUCUUUCGUCUGCGCCUGCAACCCAAAGGUUUAACCAGAUUUCUUUCAUGGCCGCCUCUUUCAAGAAUGGCCGACGGCUGCAUUUCUCACCUCCCCAUCUAACAGAUUUGAAUGCUCACCGGCUAGUUUCAAAGACCCAACAGAACCCAAGCAACUAUUCUGGCUAUCUGCUUAAAGGCCUGUUCAUAACUGUAGCAUUUGCGCUCCUGCCUUUUUGCUCCUCCCACUUACCCGAAUUCACCAACCACACGAACCUUGAUAGGAGGUGGGAGUUUCUGCGGCUGGCUUUCAUCGGGGCUGCUCUCUCCUAUGGUCUGUUAAGCCGUCGUCGGAGUGAAACAGUGAAGGAAAUUGAGGUAAGGAUAGAAUCGACGCAGAAUUAUGUCUCCAAAAUCCUUCAAGUCUCGCCAGUCUUUGAUGGUGAGAGCGACUGUGGUUCUUACUCUGACAGCAGUAGGCUUCAGACCUGGAGCUCUCUAUAUUAUCCUUGUGAGUCCAAGGUCAUGGUGGCCGAGGAAGAUCGCAACCGCCAUGAUCAGCCCCUCUUCCUUCCAGUUAGGAGCUUGAAAUCCAGCAUUUCUGACACAGAAACUAUGCCUGCACGGGAGAUAACACAGAUUCCAGCGCCUGCAAAUUCGAAAACCAAAGACAGCGUGAUGAUUGGAAAAAGAGAAACUGGGAUGUCCAACUUUCAUGGUGUGGACCUGGACAACGUAGUUUUGCCUUCACCCGUUCCAUGGCGGUCGAGGUCAGGAAGAUUGGAGGUUAAGGGAGACAUAUUUCCUUCUGCCCUUUACUCUCUACCACAGUCUAUUUCUGGACCUGAGGUGCCGGAAUUUGCAAGUCCUGCUUCACUGUCAUCCAUUUCACGGCCUCCUUCAAUUUCUCCUCCACAGUCUCUCUCUCCAACCCCAAUGUUAGCUUCUGUUCAAGACUCUGCAACGGACCCUAAAGUCAAUCGUGUCUCUUCUGUUAAGGACAAUGUGUCCCCCCCUGUAAAGGAAAUCGUUACGGUGAACAAGUUCCUGAACAAAACCCUAGACUAUUCACAGUCGUUUGAAGGCAACCGACCUAGAAAAUCCAUUUCCACAAUGAGAAAAUGUGAAAGUUUGGAUUCAACAUAUGGAGGUCAUGUCGGUAUCGAACCUGAGCAAACGGCGGUAAGAAGCAGGAGGACGUUUAAUUCAAUGAAGGUGGAGAACGGUGUAAGAAAGAACAAGGAUGAUGAGAACCUUCUGAUGCCCAGGCCAGAUGGGGAGGAUAAAAGUGUUGGGAGUGAAGCAGAAGAAGGGAUGAGCAGAAAUGAUGGAACAGAGUUUGUUGUUGCGACGAAGAAAAGAAAAUCAGAAGUUGAAAUAGCAGAAAAGACUCAGUCAAAGUCCAAUUUCCAACCGCCACGACCGCCUUCUAUUGAGUUGUACGAAGAGUAUCGCAAGAAUAGACACAGUGCGAAGCAAGAAAUCAAGGAGUUGAAGGCACAAGUAGAAGCGGCAUUGGUCGCUGAUGGUGAUGAUGACGAUGACAAUGGCGAUGAAGACGACAAUGAUGAGGAGGAGGAAGAACGGGAGCACGAGGAGGAGGAAGUUGAUGACACACAUUCAGACACUGAAACUGUUUCGUCAGAAUCAGAAUCAGAAACCGAUCAAAUUGAUGAGAGUGAAGUUGAUAAGAAGGCGGAUGAAUUCAUAGCUAAAUUCAGACAGCAGAUUAGACUACAAAGGGUCAGACCAAUCAAGACUGGCAGCGGUCAGAAGAUUCAAAACAGGAAAAAUAGAUGAGGUAGAGUUGCUUGCUUUCUUGAAAGCUAAAUCCCGAAGGUUCGCAGCAGUGAUGAAUUCUUCAGAGUUCAGAAAAAGGAAAGUAAAACCGGAAAGACAACAUAGAUGGGUUUCCUUGAAUUGCUGCUUCUGCUGCUGCUUCAUUUUCUCUUGCCGUGUUUUUCUUUUGUGGCUUUGGUUUGCCAUUUUUGUGUUUCUUAUGUUGUCAAAACCAGCUUCCGAUUGGCGUCUACUUGUUUAUGGCCGUUUACCAGCUUAAAGACUGUGCAUUACAGUUUCUCUUGCUA